ACCUACACCUAGCACACUAUUAGUCUACCCACAACUGUUAGUUUCUGUGAUCGAUUGGUCUGAGUCCCCCUCCAGACCGGAGGCCCUGCCCCGGUGUAGGGAUUUCACUUAGAAUUUCUAGGCAGCAGUGGGAUCACCAGGAGCCCUACUGACUCAGAGGCCUGGAGUCGCUCCUCUGAGGCUUGGGCACCUCACUUCCAAAAGCAGGAAUUACACAAUGGCGACCUCUAGUGGCCAGAAGGAGGAACUGCAGUGGCACACUCCUCCCAGGAGAGAGCUGACCAACAUAACCCCUGCUUUCUUCCAGGCACGUCACAGAAUUGUACCGUUUGUCUUUAAGGUUUAGAAUAUCUACAUCGACAAGGUGGACACCCUCAUCCCGACUUUAGAGGUCUGGUCCGGGAGCCAGAGCGCGGGCGGCACUGGGAGCCUCGGCAAUGCAGACCCCCACCCCACCCAGACCCAGCGAAUCCGAAUCUGUACCCUAAGCCGAUAGGAACUCAGUCUGCGGGCCGAGGGCGCCGCGCUCUGCAGCAGGCCUGCCCGAUGGCCGACGUGUUCGUGUACGGGACCCUGAAGCGAGGCCAGCCCAACCACAAGGUCCUGCUGGACGCCACCCACGGCUGCGCCACCUUCCGGGGCCGGGGCCGCACGGUGGAGCCGUACCCCUUGGUGAUCGCCGGGCAGCAUAACAUUCCGCGGCUGCUGAACCUGCCGGGGCGCGGCCACCGCGUGUUCGGAGAGAUCUACGCUGUGGACGAGCAGAUGCUGCGCUUCCUCGAUGAGUUCGAAGGCUGCCCCGACCUGUACCAGCGCGUGCGGGUGAGCGUCGCGGUGCUCGAGCCGGAGGGCGUCUCCGAGGAGCCCCCGGCCGCCGAAAGGCGCCUGCAGUGCUUCGUGUACAUCACGGCCACCUACCCGCCCGAGUGGGCCCAGCUCCCGCACCUCGACAAUUACGACGUGCAGGGGGCGCACGGGCUCCCCUAUCAUCCACGGGAAAACAGAUAAAAUCCCAAGGAAUGCUCCCUAGCCAGGGGACACACAGAGCCCUGAGGAUAAGAUCACCCCAGCGUGGUCUGCACGCACUGAAUGCAGAAGCCCAAUGAUGUCCUUUGAAACAAAUAUUUGUAAAACUCCAUCUGUGGGAAAAGAAAGACUCUCUUUUACUGUCAGCCAAUUUCCUAGAUAAUUUUGACAUACCAAUAACAAGAUUGUGCCCUUAAAUCUAUCCAUCCCAUACGGCUUUAUUGCUUGCUGCUUAAAGAGCAUUAGGUUUUUGAAGGUACUGGGUAAGACAAAUUUAGGAUUUUAAUUCCCCUAAAUGGCAUUUCAGGAACUCAUAUGUUAUCAUACUUUUCUUGCUUCUCUGUCUGCUUUGCUUUAAUCUGAAGAUGACAUUUAAAAUGAAUGUGAAGACUUUGUGUUGCAGCUAGAUUUUAGCAGCCCUACUCUAUUGAUUCUGACCUGUAUAGCACCAAGAAAAAAAAAUGCUAAGCUGAUCUUGGAUGUCUCAGUGUAAUAAAUAAUAAAAGAAACUCAAGAAAAGCAUGCUGCAUUUUAGAGUAGUUUUGGAGGACAUACAACAUUUUUCUUCACAAUUUUCAGAUCAAGCUUAUUAAAGAGACUAUUAAAGAUGA